AUGAGCGGCAAGUCACAAAUCCGCCUCGACGGCAAGGUCGCCCUCAUCACUGGUGCUGGUCGGGGCCUCGGUGCUGGUCUUGCAAAGACCCUUGCUGAGCGUGGCGCCGCCGUCGUGAUCAACUAUGCCAGCUCAGCCAAGCCUGCCCUAGCUACCGUUGCCGAAAUCGAAAAGGAAGGCGGCAAGGCGGUUGCCAUUCAAGCCAACAUCUCCAAGACGCCCGAGGUCACCAAGCUCUUCGACGAGGCCAUCAAGGCCUUCGGCAAGCUCGACAUCGUCAUCAACAACGCCGGCAUGGAAGCUUUCUCCAAGCCCGAAGAUGUCACCGAGGAGUUGUAUGACCAGGUGUUUGGUCUCAACACCCGUGCCCAAUUCUUCGUCGGUCAACAUGCUCUGAAAUAUCUCAGCGAGGGCGGCCGUAUUAUCUUCAUGUCAUCCAUCGCUGCCCGCCUGGGUGUCCCUAACCACGCUUUGUACGCUGGUUCUAAAUCGGCUGUCGAGGGGUUCGCUCGCUCGUUCGCUGCCGAUGGUGGUCCCCGCCGCAUCACUGCCAACGCCAUUGCACCCGGUGGCAUCAAGACCGACAUGUUCGCUCAGAACGCAUGGCACUACUCUCCUGGCGCGACCAAAGAUACUCCUAUUGAGACGAUCGAGGCCGGUAUCGCCAAGCUCAUCCCCCUUGGCCGAUGUGCUGUCCCCGACGACAUCGCCAAGGUUGUCAUGUUCCUGUGCCAUCCUGACAGCGAAUGGAUCAACGGUGAGUUCGUCUGUGAUUGA